CUCGCUGUCUAUUGCUGGGAGGGAGGAGAUGAGGGAUAUCGCGCUCGACGCAUUUCUGCGAGCUGCAACUGGCAUGCCAGGCCUUUCCAUCAUCCCUUCAUCACCCAGCGUUUUCAUUUUAUACGUCUUUGACGUUGUUCCUUUUCCAGUUAUCCACCCCAGUUAUCCUGUAUCAAUCUAUGUAGUGCACGCACAACUACGUGCAGCGCGGCGGCGUCGAACCGAGCGAGGCCAGGCCCCUGUUCCGCGGGUCAUAACGCCUUCGCCAACUCAGCUAAUCCCAGUUCCUUGCCAGGCUUGCCGUCCCUCUUCCCAUCCGCCUCAAGCUUUCUAGCGCUGCCGUGCUCUUCAAGACAUCCCCAAAAACUGAAGAGCGCCCCGGUGGCAGACUCCAUUGCUAGCCCAUGUCGCACGACUUUUCCACCCACAUCUCCCAGGCGCCCUACUCGCCGGCCCCUUCGCACUUUUCCCACCAGAGCAUGGCCGAUCCUAACAUGCAGUCGCGCCAGCAGCAGGCCGUCGCCUAUCCCUCACCGCACUCGUACCCGUCGCCCUCGAUGCAGCCCACGUAUACCUACCCGCCGCCUCAAGGCCAGCAGAGCAACGAUGGCUACCGCAGCUCUCCCCAGGGCUCCAACAUGUCGCUGCCGCCCCUCAAUUUGCCGCCAAUACGUCUGCAGGACGGCCAGCAGCCCCAGGCGCAACCUCAGCAGCCGCCCCAGCCCAUGGGCUCUCCACUCCCACCGCCGCAGCACGGUAUGCCGCAGUACUAUCCUCACCCAGCGCAUGCGCAGCCCGGGCAGCCCAUGAUGGGCAACAUGGGCCCGCAAUUCAAUGCCAUGCGAUACCAGCUGCCGCCGCAAAGCGACCAGAGAGUGCUGUCUGGUGGUCGCCACAAGAAGGAGAUCAAGCGUCGCACAAAGACUGGCUGUCUGACAUGUCGCAAACGGAGAAUAAAGUGCGACGAAGCCCACCCCAUGUGCCGAAACUGCCAGAAGAGCAAACGAGAGUGCCUUGGUUACGACCCGAUUUUCAAGCAGCAAUCCGGUCCCGCCCAAAUACAACCUGCUCCCAACUCCGCGCCUGCACCCCACGCGACAAGCGCACCGGCGCCCGCUCCUUCCUCCUCCAACUACAGUCAAAGUCCGGUGCCUCAAGGCUACGCGCCUGCCUCGUCCGCCGGGUACGCGGCUGCCGCUCCUGCUACGAGCGGCGAACACCAGCAAGGCAACUUCCACGCCAUUGACCCUGCACUUGCGCAAGCCGAUCCCAACCUGCAGCCACCCCCACAUUACAACGGUGUGCACGCCAUGGAUCCCAACAUGAGAGGGCCUCCAGGCGCCAACUACCAUCCGCCUCAGCCAGAGCCCAUGAAAGGCAAGCGGUUGAACAUUCAAGACAUCUUUGGCAUCUGCAACCACAGUCCGCCAGAGGUUCCUCAGCGGACCUCGCCGGUACCCCGUGAAAUCGACGACGAGUUCACCCGUAUCUUCAUCAACGACUACUGCCAAGGGCUCGACCUGGUACUUGAGACCAACUGGUUCUCGACGAACAACAAUGCUCUCAACAGAGUCUUCAGCGACCGCUCCCUACAUGAAGAGGCUGCUUUCUUCACCGAGACCAUCAAGUACAAGGCUACCGCCGAUACCGAUAUGACCGGCGUCUUUAGUCAAGAGGCUCGCCUGUUAUGGCACUUGUUGAGUACCUGCAAGCACAACCUUCCAACCACCAACGGAUCACAGUCGGAAGGCGAAGACUUUGCGAUAAGAGAAACUCGUGCGCGCCUCGAAGUUCUGGAAGCUCUCAUGACGAAUCAGAAUCUAGAGUCGAAUCCUACACGUCAACUGGCAUACCCUCCUACGCUUGAUGAUGUCAAGAGGUCGCAAGUCGACUUCUGGCAACAUCUCGGAGACUUUGUUCAGUUCUCAGGCUCAGAAACUGCCCCGCCCGGAGCAGCCGAAGGCGCUCUUUCAGUACUGCGCAAUGUCCUAUGCAUGCACGAAGUGCGCGAUGCCAUCUACUCCAUUGCGAUCGCUCGUCAUUACGGUAGCCGCAUUGGUGGUUUCCCCAACGCUCUGCCACCUGCGGUCGACCAAGGUCAAGACAGCGACUUGAACAAGCUCUGUGUCGCUAUGUCGUUCAUCAGUCACGAGAGCCGUUCGGCUACUCAGCAGGUUCUUGCGCGCAUCUGCGAUAUGGCCAUGUUCUCGUGGACCGCCUCGCGAAUGCCUCCAAGUCAUCAACAGGGUGGCUUUCCUCAAUGACGACAUGCGGACAUAGGAGCAGCGUGAGAAGCAAUCAAAGCUGCUGUAGCCUUCGGGCCACAUUACAAGAAUUGGAAAGUCCGCGUUCAUCAUUUGCAUCAUC